AGCGCUUCGGCAUCUCUUCGUUUCCUCUUGUCCUUGACUUACACAAAUAGCACAAUGGUUCGAAACAUCGCUAUCGCGGCCUUGCUCCCAGCUGCCUGGGCUCUGCCGUCAAGCUCUCUCCAGGAACGAGAUGCUUGCACCGUGACUGACUACUCCGGCCUCGCCACCGCCGUCUCAUCCUGCACAAACAUCGUGCUCGCCGGCUUUCAAGUCCCGACAGGCAAGCAACUUGAUCUAUCCAAGCUCAAGGCUGGCACAACCGUCACUUUCAAGGGCAAGACCACUUUUGCCACCACUGCUGACAACGACUUUGAUCCUAUCGUCAUCAGUGGGAGUGGUAUCACCAUAACUGGUGCAUCUGGUCAUGUCAUUGACGGCAACGGUCAAGCGUACUGGGACGGCGAAGGUUCCAACAACAAGGACAACCCCAAGCCUGACCACUUCAUCGUUGUCAAGAAGACCACCGGCAACUCAAAGAUCACAAACCUCAACAUCCAGAACUGGCCCGUUCACUGCUUCGACAUCACCGGCAGUUCACAAUUAACCAUCUCAGGGCUAAUUCUUGACAACAGAGCCGGUGACAAGCCAAAUGCCAAGAGCGGUAGCUUGCCCGCUGCGCAUAACAGCGACGGUUUCGACAUUUCGUCCAGCGACCACGUCACUCUGGAUAAUAACCAUGUUUAUAACCAGGAUGAUUGCGUUGCCGUCACUUCUGGUACCAACAUCGUUGUUUCAAACAUGUAUUGCUCCGGCGGUCAUGGCCUUAGUAUCGGAUCUGUUGGUGGAAAGAGCGACAAUGUCGUCGAUGGUGUUCAGUUCUUGAACUCGCAGAUUGUGAACAGUGAGAAUGGAUGUCGCAUCAAGUCCAACUCUGGAACAACUGGCACGAUCAACAACGUUACCUACCAGAACAUUGCUCUUACCAACAUCAGCAAAUACGGUGUCGAUGUCCAGCAAGAUUAUCUCAACGGCGGUCCUACUGGAAAGCCCACCAACGGAGUCAAGAUCAGCAAUAUCAAGUUCACCAAGGUUACUGGAACCGUGGCCAGCUCAGCUCAGAACUGGUAUAUUCUGUGCGGUGAUGGUAGCUGCUCUGGAUUUACCUUUUCAGGAAACGCUAUCACCGGCGGCGGCAAGACUAGCAGCUGCAACUAUCCUAGCAACACUUGCCCCAGCUAGAUCGCGCUUAUCCUUGCCGAAGACUGGGUUUCCUGUUGUCGUGUUGGAUCGCAUAGGCGGACAGCUGAGAAUCUGGGUUCAUAGUUAUCAUACUUAUCCUAGCAAUACACUUUAUCUAUUGAACCAG